UGCUGAGUUAAAGACACACAAACACAGACACAUCACAGCAAAAAAUAGCGAGGGAAGAGAGAGGCAGAUGAUCUGAGUUUCAGCUGCUUCUCUGAUUUUCAAAUAUUGAUCAUGAAUAUAUCGAGAAGAUCCGACUGAAUCUGUCGCUCGUGUGUAUAAAGGAGUCAAAGCGAAACCUUUUUUUUCCCGUGGCGCACGGAUUUCUCGCCCUAUUUAUCAGCCCGAUACACUUCAAAUCAUCAUUACAGGAUAUAUUUGAGAUAUUAUUAUUAUUAUUUACUGUGUAUUUGGGGAGAGAGAGGCUUUUAAACAUGGGAUGUUUGGGUAACAGCAAGACAGAAGAUCAGCGCAUCGACGAGAAGGCGCAACGAGAGGCGAAUAAAAAGAUCGAGAAACAGUUACAGAAAGAGAGACAGGCGUACAAAGCCACACACCGCCUUCUCCUAUUAGGCGCUGGGGAAUCCGGGAAGAGCACUAUAGUCAAACAGAUGCGGAUCCUGCACGUCAACGGCUUUAACGCAGAAGAAAAGAAGCAAAAAAUAUUGGAUAUUCGGAAAAAUGUGAAGGACGCAAUUGUGACGAUAGUAUCUGCUAUGAGCACCUUAACGCCCCCUGUGUCAAUCGCCAACCCGUCCAAUCAGCCUAGAGCUGAGUACAUCAAAAGUAUAGCUCCACUCUCAGAUUUUGACUACACAGAGGAGUUUUUUGAGCAUGCAAAGAAUCUGUGGGAUGAUGAGGGGGUGAAGGCCUGUUUCGAGCGCUCAAACGAGUAUCAGCUCAUUGACUGUGCACAGUACUUCCUAGACAGAAUUGAGUCUGUUCGACAGGGUGACUAUACACCAACAGACCAGGAUUUGCUGAGGUGCCGUGUUUUGACUUCAGGGAUUUUUGAAACUCGAUUUCAAGUAGACAAAGUCAACUUUCAUAUGUUUGAUGUGGGUGGUCAGAGAGAUGAAAGAAGGAAAUGGAUUCAGUGCUUUAAUGAUGUGACCGCCAUCAUCUUUGUGGCAGCCAGUAGCAGUUAUAACAUGGUCAUAAGGGAAGACAACAGCACUAACCGGCUGCGCGAGUCUCUUGAUCUGUUCCGCAGCAUCUGGACUAACAGGUUUUUAAGGACCAUCUCCGUGAUCUUAUUUCUGAACAAACAGGACAUGCUGGCAGAAAAGAUCCUGGCAGGAAAAUCCAAACUUGAAGAUUAUUUCCCAGAGUAUGCUCGCUACACUCUUCCUUCUGAAGCGACCCCUGAUCCCGGAGAAGACCCAAAAGUAUCCAGGGCAAAGUUUUUUAUCCGAGAUGAAUUUUUGAAAAUCAGCACAGCAAGCGGCACAGACAAACACUACUGCUAUCCCCACUUCACCUGUGCCGUGGACACAGAAAACAUCCGUCGUGUAUUCAAUGACUGUCGUGACAUUAUUCAGAGGAUGCACCUUCGCCAAUAUGAACUCUUGUGAUUGGCUGCCUGGAUCGGUCGCUUUUCCAAUCAACAAUUAUCCAGUCCCACAUCACAUGGGUGGGGUCUUUAAGAACUACUGAAGAGUGACAAUGUUAUGUUUUUUUUUUUCUUCUUUUUCUGCUUUUCACUUGUUUGCUUUUCCUUUUUAAUUUAUUUAUAGUCAUAUAUAUAUAUAUAUAUACAUAUAUAUAUAUAUAUAUAUAUUUCUGAAGUGAGAGGGGAAAUUAUAUGAAGGUGUGUAUAAGAUGAAAUUAUUUCUAUUUUACGUUUGUACCACUCCCAGGUAAUUUCUUUCUUUAUAUAUUUUUUGAUGGUUGUUUUAUUUCAGCAUUGUCUGGCUUUAGAUGAGGUUAGAUUAGAUGUGGUGACAGUGGACAUAAUGGAAACCUGUGGUAACCUGUGACCUGUGUCAGGAUGGUCUGACCUUUGACCUUUCCCCUGUAUCUAAUGAAGGGGACAUUGGAGUACUUGACAUAGGAGUGAAGGGGUACAUGAAGGGUUUAAUGAAGCACUUUGCAUAAGUUGUUUCCUAACUGAAAGCCAGGAUGCAAAAUUCACAAUGUAGCACCUCUGUAUUUAUCCAUUUUAUUUUAUUUUAUUUUAUUUAUUUUUUUCACUGUUUUAGUUCAGUUUAUAUUACCUUUUUGUUUUGUUUUUUCUGCAAAGCAUGCAGAAAGGACUUCAGGGCUAGAUAGGAGUUUGUAACCAACUACAGAGCACAGAGCAGAAGGUGGGGCUUGUGGGAUGUGUCAUACUCUGCAUUUUUUCCUCAGUGUGCGCCAGCGGCAAUCCAUCUUGGGAGAACCGUCACCUCCAAUCGAUGCCUCCUUUAGUAUGGGCAGCCCUUAUUUGGGAGGUAGUUCUAAAUAUUGAUACAAAGAACACAAUAUAUUUUUAAGGGUUUUGUUUUGUUAUUCUAAAGAAUGUGCAAGGUCGAGUGAUCUUGUACAGGACUGCAAAAUGUUAUUUUGUAUAACUUUAACAAGAAAGACAAAACUUUGACUUGUAGAAGCUAUUUGUGCCUUUGAAUAUGGCUGUACCUCUAAAUGAAGAUAAAUUAUGUGUGAUUGGACAGCGGCGUACAGCUUGAUGUCAAAUCUUACAUGCAGCACAGCUGACGGGAAAUCGCUCUGUAGACUGAUUUUUUUUUCUGGUUUAUAAAGCUAUUUAAAAUGUCUUUUACUGUAAAAUGAAGAAAAAUUUGGCAAAAAAUCUUGGUAUACAAUAUGCAAAAUUAACCACUUUGUUUAGAAACUGCAAAUACAGUAUGUCUUGCAGUUCUUCGAAUUUCUGUUUUUGUCGGGUGGACUCAGCUUGAAAAACUUUGGAAAUAUAUAAAAAAUUUUGACCUUCUGUGGUUUCAGGUAGGGUGCAUUUUUAGAAGUGGCAUAUAUGCAGACUGUACGCGGGGUCAUGCUGGUGAAAGUGUAGAUAUGUGUGAUCGUAUGCGUGUGUGCAUACAUUUGCAGAUAUGCCACGUUGUACUGUACAUGUGCAUUCUAUGUGUACAUAUACAUUUAUAAAAACAUGAAAAACAUAUUCUAUAAAUAUAUAUGUACAAUUAUUCAUAAUAUGUGUGCCUAAAUGUAUACAUAUUUAUGAAUGUUUAGUGAGGUUAUAUGCAUAGCUAUGCAUAUACAAAUGCAUAAUAUUGAAGGAAUGAGCAAGUAAGACUAGUGAGAUAUAUAUAUAAAUCACUAGUCUGGCCAUCCUGAGCAUGUACUGACUGCGCUGGCAUUGUGAAUGUGAGCACUAAUAGUGUAAGUCUCACAGCUCAAGUGUGUCCAUAUGUCUCUCUCACUCACCAGUGGGGCAGUUAUCAUAAAUCAAAGGAAUAGUGCAAUGCAAUUUUUCUUUUUUUUUUUUUUUUUUUUAAGUGUUUGUACAGAACUGUACAGAAAUAACUUCAUGAAAAGUUAUGAAGAUAAACUGCAUGCAGAUUCUAACAGCUUGAGUUUGAGUAAAUCAAAUUUUCAGGAGAAAUAAUCCUUUAAUACAUGAGUGGCUGAUUUAAAUGUAGUACAUACACACUUAAGGCCAUGAACAAUGGCACAUAAACUGUUAAUUUGGAUCCCUGACUCUACUUCUCAACUGGUGAAGUGCAGGGACAGUGUGUGAUGUGACUUAGGCUGUGAGUGGCUGUAACACUGGUAGAUAGGCUUUAUUCUCCUUACUAUCCUCUGCAGCUUUUACAUGGUCAGUCUUACUUCAGAAACUAAAAAUACAAGUGACAAUGAAGAAAAAUUAUUUAAAAAAUCAUUUGUUCUUGUUUCUUUUUCAUUUUGUAAUGUUUAUUUUAAUAAUCAGGCACAUUAGAAGACCUUGGUCUAUGUUUAGAAUGGCAAUGUGGAAGGAAAUGUAAUUUUGCAAAUAAAAUACCUCUA